AAUAUUUAUUGAAUGGCUUUUAUAUUCUACUAAGUCUUUAUAUGUAAAUAACUCGGAUCAAGUCUCUAUAUAUAGUCAUUCAAUAUCACUUUCUCGUGGUGAAUAGGAUAACCCUCUAAUAUUCUAGCAAAUCUCGAACUCUCUCGAUAUAAACCAGUCUGGUGUACGAAAAAUUUUGCUCAAGAUCUUCUAUUCUAGCAAAAAUCUUGAACUUUCUCUAUAUAUACAAAACAGUAUGAUUCACUAAAACUUUUGUUCAAAGUCUUUAUAUAUAGUCUUUCAAAAUCACUUCCACGACCAAAAAAAAAAAAACUAAACAAAAAAUGUAUUUUAUAAGAAACAUUUCAAUUUUUUCCAUUUUUUUCUUGGUUUUGGCUUCACAAACCAAAGCAAACUUUAACUCAAAUCUUAUUGAAAAAGCAUGCACAAUUAAUAAACCAAAUUGGGACUUUAAUUUCUGCAUUAAACUCUUAAAUUCUGAUCCAAAAAUCUCAUCAACACAAACUCCAUUUGAUUUAGCCAUAGCAAUUAUUCAAGCAGGAAAUUCCCAUGCAUCAAAAACUCAAGACUACAUAAAUAAAAAGCAUAGCCAUGAAGGAGGCACAAGCAUUGUUGUUUCUUCAGCAUUGAGUGUGUGUAGCAAAUGGUAUGGAGGUGUUGUUGGAGCAUUUGUGAUUGCUUUAGAUGAUGUUCAACAUCAAAAGUUUCCAUCAGCUAGUGAUCAUGUUGAAUCAGCUAAUGAUUUUGCCAUGAAUUGUGAAGAGGCAUUUGCUUCAAGAAAUGUUCAAGAUAAUGAAAUUUCAAAGGGUGAUAAUCUUGUUAUGUAUUUCAGUUUAUCUGCUAAAGUGGUUAUCAAUGUUCUUGGAGAAACAAUUAAUUAUACCACAUUUUGAUCUGUUGGUUUGUUCUACUUUAAUAUUUAUAUAGCAAUAAAUAAUAAGCAAUCAAGAUCUAUACGUUUUGAAACUAGUUUGAUUUGAUUUUAACGUUAUUUUAUAUU